AUGCCACUACAGAUAGUUAUUGUUGGAGCUGGUGUCCUUGGCCUCACAGCUGCCCUUACAGUGAGCGAAAACUUGAUCGAUGAACACGAGAUAUACAUUAUUGGAGAAUAUGGGCCCCAUGACCCACGAUUGAACACCUCUAUGUCAAAUUGUCAUGAAUAUACAUCCCCAUGGGCAGGUGCCCAUUUUCGUCCAUUCCCCAGUGCUAAUGAGCAGGAUAAGAAAGAAAUGAAGAUGACGAGAGAGACAUUGAGAUACUUUGCUGAGGUUGCUGUUGCCAACCCUGAAAGUUCGAUUCAAUUUGUUGACGGAGUUGAGUAUUUACAGUCUCCCAAUGAUUUAUACAAGAAGGUACAAUACGGAUACAGCGAGGAGAUGAACAACUUUGCAACCUUGAAUGACCAGCAAGGGUUUACUGGAUUCAAGUACGAUACAUGGGUGGUCAACACUGUUGUGUACUUGCAGUACCUCUAUCGCAAAUUGGUUUUCCAACAAAAUGUCAAAUUUAUUCAUCAAAAAUUGGAUAACUUAAAGCAAGUUACCACUAUGUUCAAGUCACCAAUAAUUAUUAAUUGUUCAGGAAUGGGUCUACAAUAUAACGGAGGAUACGAUUCACAAUGUUUUCCAAUCCGAGGACAAACAUUAUUAAUUAAACCACCAAGAUCGUUCAAAUUGGACAAAACAGUAACCUAUCAACUUGCUGAUGGAUCUUGGAUUUUUAUUAUUCCUCGUCCUUUAAAUGGUGGCGUUAUACUUGGCGGGACUAAGCAAAAAAAUGACACCCAUCUUGGUAUUAGGCAAGAAGACACCCAUCACUUGAUCAACUUGGGUAACAAGUAUUUCCCCGAUUUAAGAAAACGUGGUGGAGAUAAAUCCUAUUUUGAUAUCGAACGAGUCAAUGUUGGUUUGCGGCCAGCAAGAAUCGGCGGCCUAAACACAUCUGUCGAAUUUCAUGAUGGACACACUGUGAUCAACAAUUAUGGCGCUGGUGGAAUGGGCUACGAGUUGAGCUAUGGAGCUAGUCUACAAGUGUACCUGAAUUUAAUCUCAGUGUUGAAUAAAUCCAAGCUAUGA